AUGGCCGACUCAGCAGCCCCCACUUCAGCACAAAACGAUCAGUCAGCCAAUCGCGGCAGGAACAACCGUGGCAGAGGUGGUAGAGGAGCUAACAGAGCGCCGCGCGAAGGCCAGGACGGUGAACAAGCCCAAAACAGCAAUAGAAAUGCUGGCAGAAGCAGAGGUCGUGGUGGACGCGCCAGAGGAGGGGCAGGAGGGGCACACCAGCCUCAGGGCCCAAAAGACCAACCCACCACCGAACAACAGAUCCAAGCNAAAGGAAAGGCUCUUGCUUUAGUACCGCAAACACAAGACGGCGACGAUGUCGAGGCCGAGGUCUGCUUCAUCUGCGCCUCGCCAGUCGUCCACCAAAGUGUCGCUCCUUGCAACCACCGCACCUGCCACAUCUGCUCGCUGAGACUGCGUGCUCUCUACAAGACAAAGACUUGCGCCCACUGUCGAACAAGUGCUGAGGAGGUCAUCUUCACUGACGAUGCCAACAAACGCUUCGAAGACUACAACGCUCAAGAGUUUGCUCACAACGACGACAAUCUAGGCAUCCACUACGAAAGCCAGGACAUCUUCGAAGACACCAUUCUCCUACUACGCUACAACUGCCCUGACCCGUCAUGCGAUGCUGCUUGUCUAGGCUGGCCAGAUCUCCACCGUCACGUCAAGAGUGUCCACCACAAACAAAUGUGUGAUCUCUGUACUCGCAACAAGAAGGUCUUUACCCACGAACACGAUCUCUUCACUGUCCAAGAACUGCGACGACACGAGAAGCAUGGAGACGACAUUCCCGGCGCCGAGAAUCAGUCUGGUUUCAAGGGUCACCCCGAGUGUGGUUUCUGUCGCCAACGCUUCUAUGGUGAUGACGAGCUGUUCUCACAUUGUCGCGAUCGCCACGAACGAUGCCAUCUGUGUGACCGCCGCGAUGGCGGCAGACAGCCUCAGUACUACGUUGACUACAAUGCCCUCGAAGUCCACUUCCGAAAGGACCAUUUCGUUUGCCCGGAUGCAGAGUGCUUGGAGAAGAAGUUUGUCGUCUUCGAUUCAGAAAUGGAUCUCAAGGCUCAUCAGCUCGAGGCUCAUCCCAACGGCCUAACUAAGGAUGCCCGUCGUGAUGCCCGCAGAGUCGACAUUUCAGGCUUCGAUUACCGGGCUCCUCACCAGCAAGACCGUCCUCAGCGUAACAACAACAGAGAGCGUCGUGGAGGUGGUCGUGGACGUGAUCCGAAUGCCGAUCCAUUGCCAGUCUCGUCUGCACAACCAAUGGGCAGAGCAGAGAUGGCCUAUCAGCGUCAAAUGGCCAUUCAGAGCGCUCAAUCUGUGUCAACACGCAGUUUCGGUGGCCAACUCACUCAGCCUACUGGAACGUAUGCUGCUAGAGCUCCUGCCAACGCUCCUGAGCCUGCAACUAUUACCGCCCCUCGCCCUGUGCAAGACCCGUUCCCAUCACUUGGUUCCCUCAGCCUCCAACCAUCGUCGGCUACUCCUCGCACGGCAUCCCCAGACCGUUCCAUGGCUGGCUUAACUCCGCAAGAACAGGCUCGCCGUCUUCGUCACAAUGCUGUCAACGAACGUGCUUCCAACCUCCUGCGCAACGACCAGACUAAGCUAGCCGAGUUCCGUAACAAGGUCUCACUCUACCGUCAAGGCGCGCUAACUGCUGACCAUCUCAUUGACGCCUUCUUCGCGCUCUUUGAUACAUCUUCAACUGAGCUGGGAAAGUUGAUCAAGGAGCUUGCCGACAUUUUCGAGAUUGCUACCAAGAGAGACCAGUUGCUGAAAGCCUGGAACAAUUGGAGAUCCAUCAACGAGGACUACCCAUCCCUUCCUCAAGCCUCUGGUGGUCAAUCUGGUCCCAGUAGCAGCGCAGCAUCGGUACUGGGCAGCGGUCUUGGGUCCAAGCGUAUUCUGAACCUCAAGUCGAGCACAGCACAAAGUUCGCGUUCUAACAAUGCUCGUUCGUAUGGAUCUGCUGUCGCUCCACACUCGAGUGGAAACCCUGCAAGUGCUGGAGGUCUGUCCUUCCCUCCUCUGUCAGCUUCAUCAAGAUCAUCAACCCCUGCCGCCCCUCCUGUUCGUGUGAACCCCACGCAAGCAACUUGGCUCAACUCAGCGCCUGCCUCUGCACGACCAACCCCUCAACCUUCGCGUUCUGCAACACCCAGCAACAGCAAACCGCCAGGUCGUGGUGGAGAUAACUUCCCCUCACUACCCAAGGCACAAAAGCCCACCAGCACAGUCUUCAGCCCUGGCUACACUGGCGCUGGCGUGCGACGAGUCAACGCACCUGGUCCUUCGAGUGUGGCAUGGGCUGCUGGAUCAAGUAAUGGUGUGACAAGCCCACCUGCUAUGGAAGAAUCGUCAGAGCAAAUCAUCAGGAAGGGCAAGAAGGGUAAGCAAGUCUUGUUCAACUGGGGUUAG